GCCAAACAUGACGUUAGUCUCAAGAGGACAAAGUUUCAUCCACUUCAAGCAGGUUUCAUCCACUUCAAGCAGGUACUACUGCUGCCUAUAUUAUUUCAUCCUCGUCGAAUUUCCCACAAUUCUUCACAAUUCACAAUUUUCAAUUCUGGUGGGAAGGUAGUACUAAAUGUCGAUUCUGAUACUGACUUCCUUGCUCUUCGCUGUAUUCAUAGCAGUGUUCUACAAGUUCUUAACAGCCGAUGGGGAUUUCACAUUGCUGUCCAAAGGACACGUCAAGCGUGAAGAAAUCGAAGACAAGGUGAUUUGGAUUACUGGAGCCAGCCGUGGAAUAGGGGAGAUUCUUGCUAAACAACUUGCAAGUUUGGGUGCAAAACUUAUCCUUUCCGCUCGAAGUGAGGCUGAACUAGAGCGUGUCAAGAGACAGCUGUCUGGAAAAUAUGCACCAGAUCAGGUGAUGAUUCUGCCCUUGGAUUUGACAUCUAGUGAGGAGAAAUUGGGUGAGGCUGUACAGAAAGCUGAAUCGUUCUUCGGUGGUGCUGGAGUGGACUAUAUGAUCCACAAUGCAGCAUAUGAACGCCCUAAAACACCAGUACUAGAUGUACCGGAGCAAGAUCUAAAGGCUAUGUUUGAUGUCAAUACCCUGGGGCCAAUUUCUCUUACUCGACUCUUGGCGCCUCACAUGUUGAAGCGUGGGAGAGGACAUUUUGUUGUGAUGAGCAGUGCUGCAGGGAAGGGACCUGCGCCUGGACAGGCUGUAUAUUCUGCUUCCAAAUUUGCUCUUAAUGGGUAUUUUCACUCAUUACGUUCUGAGCUUUGUCAAAAAGGAAUCAAAGUGACUAUUGUCUGUCCAGGGCCCAUAAAAACAUCAAGCACUCCUGAAAUGAGCUCCUCAACGGAAAGGGUUGCUGCUGAGAGACGAGUGUCAUCAGAGAGGUGCGCAGAGCUGACUAUUGUUGCUGCAAGCCAUGGUUUAAAGGAAGCUUGGAUAUCAUAUCAGCCUGUGCUUGCUGUCAUGUAUCUCGGGCAGUAUAUGCCUUCUGUUGGCCUUUGGGUUAUGGAUAAGAUUGGGGCAAGACGGGUAGAAGUUGCUGCAAAGCACGGGAAUACAUACUCAUUGAGUUUGCUCUUUGGGAAAAAGAAGGAACAGUGAGUUGGUCAAAUUCUGAAGGUUGGCAAGGUCGAUGAUCAUGGACAGUACUCAUCCUUCCUUUGCCUGAUAUACCUGUUUGUGCUUUGUUUCCUGAAGCUGGAUAUCCUUUUUACAACCCUGCGCUAAUAUGCAGCUUGCAACAUUAUGUCAGCCUCUUCAACAGAAUUUUCUUCCAUUUCUUUCCUGAAGUGGAUCAUACAUAUUUUCCCCAAGGUGUCCAUAUCAGUUUGGAUCUGUAAUUUAUGUUAUUUUAGGGAACGUGGUCGCCAUUUCUAACAUUCUUCUGGAUGUAGUCAAAUUUUCGGCUGUCUUCAUAAUACUAUACAUGGUUCUUGUUGUAAAGUUAUUGAACUUGCGGAUAACUAGGCACACAACACAAUGUACAACCACCGGAUAUUUUGAUCAGAAUGGGAAUUUGAUGCUCAACUGAUCAAUGUGCCAUUGCCCUCAUCCAAAAAAGUAAACGACUGUAAAAGCAAGAAUAACCCAGAUCUUCACCCUUUAUAUUUCUUGAAAAUUCACAAAUAAAUGAAUGUUAUAUUUCUUGAAAAUUCAGCUGCUUAACGAAACAAUUAGUUUAACAAAUGUGGCAAUUAAUGCCUUACUUCGGUUUUGCAACUCUCACCAAAAAAGGGUUAAAUAUUUCCUUGCUUUCCCGUAGUCUCACUGCCUUCUCAUUGAAAAGCGAGGAGAUGAGGGCUAUACAUUACAUCAAAAUGGUUCUAAAGUGCAUUACUGUACUUGACUACUUGCUACGGAUGUACUGUACUUAAAUUUUAGGUAUGAUUUAAUGAAGGGAUCCAACUCUCCAUCCAUGACAGAAAUGAUGUCAGAGGUUUCAUAUCCUGUUCGAACAUCUUUCACCAGCUUGUAAGGAUGAAAUACAUAGUUCCGUAUUUGUUGUCCCCACUCAGCUUUCACUGCAUCCCCUCUAAUUUGCUUGAUCUCAGACGCUCUUUGUUCCUCAGCUAUGACUAACAAUUUAGCUUUCAAUCGGAUGAGAGCCUUGAUCUUGUUUGCUAACUGGGUCCUUUCUUCUG